CACUAUCGUCCUCUCGCCUAUAAGUGAACAAGCUUACAAUAAGUCUGCUGUACGUUUUCAACCGCUUCUUAUUACUGUACUACCAUUACUGUUCAUUCCUAUAAAAUUCUUACAUGGACCCCUCCUUUCUUUCUUUUCCCUCUUAUUCAGCUCUCGUCGUCUAUCAGGACCGUUCACAAUGGGGCCUGUUGACGAUACCUUCGGCCUCAGUAAAGAAUUCUACCAGUUAUGCCUGGACACCACCCCCAAGCAACUGGGAAACCAGUCGCCAGUCUCUAUAACAUCGACCCUCACCUCACCCACUACCCGCACGCUCGUCAAGCUCGGCAUCAAUGAGGGCAGCGCCGCCAACUCAUCCCGUCUGACUGACCAUUACCCCGAUGCGUUCACCGACUUUCAUGGUACUCCUAGUGGUGCUCCCUGCAUCUUCAAGACAGGUCCUGCUUGGCCUAAACCCAAGGGUCCAGAAGCGCAGCCCUAUGUUCGCGAGUUACGUGCUGUCAACGGCCACCCUAUCACAAAAUUCUGGCCCAAUAUUCGUGCAAAUAUCGGGAAAUGCCUCACCUCUCGCCGCAUCAAGUGGAGCUCCGUCGAUGCCAUAGGCUUCGCCAAUGCUGGGGAAAAGAAGCCCUUCUGCCCACUUCUGGUAUGGCUCGGCGUGCUGCCCAACACUCUCCCCUUCAAGGAUGCAAAGGCUGCUGCUGAGUAUAUCAAGGGUGCUAUCCUCAGCCAAACUGGCUUUCCCGGGAUUGAAGUCGCGUUCCGUGAGUCAGAGGCGACCCUCUCCGUUCGUGGCCCGAAGCUCCUCUCCCUCGAUCCCCUCCUCCACCCCGUCCCUGGCUUCCGAAAGCCCUUCACGCCCACGCUCGGCCUCUCCAUUGCCCCACUCAAAACACCCCACUAUGAGGGCACCGGCGGCCUCUUCUUCCGCCUCAGAAAUGACCAAAACAGCGUUGUCCUUCUCACCGCUGCCCACGUCGCUCGCCCUCCCACCGUCUACCCCAACCUGGGAAUGACGCACGGGGAAAACAGCCAGCCCCGUGAGGAGAUUGUCGCUCUUGGCAACAAGGGUUACCAGGACGCUACAAAUGCUAUUGUGACCCAAAUCGGCACCCUUAUCCGCACUAGCGAUGUGUGGGAGAGUAAAAUUACCAGGCUGCGCCAGCUCACCAACCAUGGCGAGAAUCCAGAGGCUACCAAGAGGCUCAAGGAGGCCCAGCAGGAGAUGGACAAGGUGAAAAGGACAAUCGAAUCUUUGGAUGAGCUUCACAGCAAUGUUACCAAACUCAUGACGAACCCGAACCAGCGAAUUGUCGGCUUCGUCCUCCACGCCGACCCCAUCGGCGUCUCCAAUGAUGGAUACAUGCACGACUGGGCCUUUAUCGCGCUCUCCGAGAAGAUUGACUGGCACUCCUUCAAAGGAAACAAGAUCUGGGUUGGUGAAGACCUUGACUUUGGCGGACUCAUGUUCCCACAUCCCAAUGACCGGGCAGCCUACAGGAUCCCAGAAGAUGGCCUCCUCCAGGUCCUUGGCGUCGUGCCCGAGAAUGAGAUGCGGCAUCCCCAGCAACUCAACGUGCAUGGCGACAAGGCAUUGCCUGUCAUCAAGAAUGGCAUGGCCACGGGCACCACAGUGGGUUGGCUCAACUCACUUGAAUCUCUCGUUCGCUACUACCCAUCGUACGCUGGCGGCCCGGGCAAUAAGUUCACGGCUGUCGAGGUCACCAUUGUGCCCUAUGGGAGUAGCCGUGGUGCCUUCUCUGCCAAAGGAGAUUCUGGUGCUGUUAUCCUUGGCAGAGAUGGCCGUAUUGUGGCCCUGCUCACCGGUGGUGGUGGCUUGACAGAUGCGACAGACGUAACUUAUGGGACGCCAUACUGUAAACUCGAACGACAUAUCAAGAAUGUCUAUCCCAGCUGCCACCUCUACCCGGUCGUCAACUAAGGUAGGUUUGUCUCGUGCUUUUCGCGCAUAACUGACACUACCGUGUAAACUAUGUAUCUAUCCAUCUGUCUGUCUCUGUGAUAUACAGGUAGGUUGUGCUUGAUUUGUCGUGUAACAGGCUUCUUUGUCAUUCUAUAUGUUGUACUAUACGUUGUACUUUGUACUGAAUAGUGUGUUUUUCUAAUUUGCAUGUGUUUAAGUAAAGGUUCGGUCAUUUUUCCUCGAACAAGGUGUAUAGAGUGUGCUUCCAAUGCUCAG